AUGAAUAUCAACAAUACUAAAGCUGUACUGUUUGAGGGUCUUGUAGAGAAAUGUUUCCAUUUUACUGCAACAAGCAUUUCAAAACUUAAAGCGAGGGCCAAUUCAGAAAUAAUUUCUGAAACAAAACAAAAUACUGUCAUCUCUUCAUUACAAGCUGUAUUAGCUUUCCUUUGGAUUGCAGUAUUACGCGCUACAAGUAACUUACACACUAGUUUUGACGAAAUUAAAGAGACUAUGUUUGCAUUUGCAGUAAAUAACAAAACUAAGCUGAUUCCUCCCUUGCCUGAAGCGUACUCUGGUAACUCAAUAACCCAUGUGAAUGUAACCGCAACGGACGAUGAAGUGCUCAAAAGAGGGUUUGGAUUCUUAGCUUCGUUAUUGAACAAGGUGGUUAACUCUAUCAAUGACGGAAAGAUUAGAAGUACUUUUGAAACGAUGACAAAGAUACCUUUUAUCAUAAAUGACGAGGCAGGAACUAGGAAGAAAGUUUUAAUGGCGAGGAGUUCCCAUAGGUUCAACAUGUAUGGAAUUGAUUUUGGUUGGGGUCGACCAAUUGCAAUCAAAACCGGUAUUUCUGGAAAAUCAAAUGGAAUGACAAUUUUGAAUGAAGGACCAGUUGAAGGAAGUAUUGACAUUGAUAUCAGCCUUCCAAUUGAGGUUUUUGAGGCCAUGGAAAAUGAUGCUGAAUUCAUGGAAGCCUUCUUAUAUUAA